AAGGCCCAACAAUACUUGCCCAUAUUAUAUAUACUGGUCUCCACAAACUAAACCCUAACCCAAUCGCCGAAGCCAUUCACGCCAAAGACGGAGAAAUAUCUCUCGAUCGGAGAAAAUUCGAGCUAAAUCAUGGGUAAGGUACACGGAUCGUUGGCUCGCGCCGGAAAGGUGAGAGGACAGACUCCCAAGGUCGCCAAGCAGGACAAGAAGAAGAAGCCCCGCGGCCGCGCUCACAAGCGGAUGCAGUACAACCGCCGUUUCGUCACCGCCGUUGUUGGCUUUGGAAAGAAGAGGGGGCCUAACUCAUCCGAGAAGUAAAAUGUAGCAAUUUCAGUUGUUUUGAUUUAUGUUUUAGUGUUGCUAGUUCUGGAUCAUUUUCUUCUAUUUUAUUUCUUGAGCAGAAUUACACAAUUAUGUGAAAUUUUGACCUUCUAAUCUCGUUUACAAUGGCUAAACUUUUGUUUUCUUUUUUA